AUGAAUUCUCUUUUUUUUAAUAUUUAUUCUAUUUAUCCUGAAAGAGGAAAUGAUGAAAUGUAUGGAACAACUAAAGAUGGUAAAUGGCCAAAAUGUUCACCUGCUUCAUUACGUGAUCAAGCAACUAUUUUAAUAAGACGAACUAUUCCAUGGAGACAACGUUCUUCACUUCCUGUUCCACAACAUAUACAAUUUAUUAUAGAUGAUUUUCCACCUGGACUUAAACCUCUUUUGCAUUUUCAUUUUAUUAAAUAA